UUCUAUCUCUGCGACAACUGUCGCUUGAGUCUUUCGGGUCUUUUGGGUUGUUGGCAGGUAUGUUCCCACUGAGUCUUUUCAGUCGUUUGGGUAUUUUCCAACGACCCAAAUGACCCAAACGACCAAGUGGGAACCAGGCUUAACAGUCUCAGUCUGAAGACGAGGACCGAUAUUUUUCUUCGUCUGUUGGAGUUGGAGUGGUGUAAGCUGAGGAAGGCCAUUGUGGAGGGAAUGUAAUUAGAGAGUUGUGCAGAAAAUGCAGGGGAACAAAAGGACUCUGACAAUUUUAUAUGGGUCUCAGACUGGAACGGCUGAAGAAGUAGCUGAGAGGAUUGGAAGGGAAGGGAAGCGAAGACAUUUUUUAUGUCAAGUUUGUGCCAUGGAUAUGUAUGAUAUGACAAAACUGAUUAAUGAACAGAUGGUAAUUCUUGUUGCUGCUACUUGUGGGCAAGGAGAUCCUCCAGAUAAUAUGAAGAAAAUGUGGAGAUUCUUGCUGCGAAAAGAUCUACCUUUAACAUCACUUCAAAAUGUCAACAUUGCUGUUCUUGGUCUUGGAGAUUCUAGCUAUGUAAAAUUCAAUUUCAUUGCUAAGAAGCUCUUCAGGAGAUUAACGCAACUAGGAGCAGUUUCUGUCACAAAACCUGGAUAUGCAGAUGAUCAACAUGACCUUGGGAUUGAUGGUGUGGUGGAUCCGUGGCUCAAAAACCUCUGGGAGGGCAUAUUAAGACUAUAUCCAUUGCCUCCUGGUACAGAGGUAAUUCCAGCAAAUAUUAGACCACCUUCACGAUUCCAAGUAGAGAUUUUGCCUUCUGAAGGAGACUCUGUCUGUUCCAAUGGUGCGUCGAGUUCAAACAGAAUUGGCGAUACAGAGCAUGUCAAUGUAUGGUCAAAAGACAAUCCUUUUGAAGCAAGGAUGUUGUCAAAUCAAAGGGUGACAGAUACAGACCAUUGGCAAGAUGUAAGAUUAAUUGAAUUCGACAUCAAAGAUUCAGGUAUAAGUUAUUCUCCUGGUGACAUUGUCGUAAUUCAGCCAGAAAAUUCAGAUACUGUUGUUGAUGAGUUUACUCAGCUCCUGGGUUUGAACCAGAACGAGACUCUCAAAUUCUCAUCAAGUGAUGCUGAGAAUCCAGUUCCAACUGUCUUGGAAAGGCCCCUCACUAUAAACAGAUUGGUGAAAACCCAUUUAGAUGUACAGGGAGUGCCCAAGCGCUAUUUCUUCGAGUUGUUGUCGUUUUUCACGCCAUCAGAGAUGGAAAAGGAGAAGUUAUUAGAGUUUGCGUCAGCCGAAGGUCAGGAAGAGUUGUACAGCUACUGCUACAGAUCCAAACGGAACUAUUUCGAGGUAUUUCAAGAUUUUCCACACGCUGCAGCAAGCAUUCCAAUUGAAUACUUAAUAGACCUGAUCCCAGCAAUAAAGCCUCGAUCGUUUUCUAUCGCGUCCGCUCAGCGGGCACAUCCAGAUAAAAUACAGAUAUUAAUGGCAGUUGUCAAGUACAAGACCAAUCUUCAUCGGCCUCGUUUUGGGGUUUGUUCAAAUUGGUUAGCCUCGUUUAACGAAAAGGACAUGAAAGCAAAGCGUAUACGACUGUGGGUGGCAAAAGGCACCAUUACAAUGCCAAAGAGCCCGGCAACACCAAUUAUCAUGGUUGGCCCAGGUACUGGAGUAGCACCCUUCCGAGCGUUCCUAGAGGACAGGGUAUCGCAAAAAAUCAAAGGUAAUGUUCUUUUCUUUGGCUCCAGAAACAAAGAAAAGGAUUUCUUCUUUGAAGGACAGUGGAAAGAGUUUCAAGAGUCUGGGUAUUUGCAACUUUUUACGGCAUUUUCUCAAGAUCAGGAACAAAAGAUAUAUGUACAACAGAGAAUAAAAGAAAAUGCUACCUUAAUUUGGAACAUCAUUCAUUCACAACAAGGAUUCUUUUACAUUGCAGGGAAUGCAAAGGAUAUGCCAACUGCAGUUAUGAAUAGUUUAAAGGAUAUAAUCAGAAACGAGGGAUGCAUGUCCACUGAAGAAGCUGAAAUGUACUUCAAAAAGUUAGAUGCUAGGAGGUAUUUGCAAUGUGAGACAUGGUCAUAGCCUUGACUAUAGUAAGGUGUGGCUCCUAUGAGGAAUACGUCUAUUUCUUUAUCCAAAUUUCUAUCAAAUACUCAAAAUGGAAAAGACUGGUUUAGCGCCAAGAAAGCCAAAGCUCUGAAAAUAUCAACAAAACACUACAGGUAUUUCUUAAACCAAGGGAUUGAAUUUACUUAAAUUAAUGGAUUGCUUAAGCGUAGCAUCAAGCUUGUUGUACCCAGUUGCGAGGUGACUGCUUUUUUAUCAUUAUCAGAUAUUCUAUGGUAACAGUCAGGGACGCCUGAGAAAGG